AUGUCUGGCUGUCAUCGAUUGAAAUUGCUCCAGUCCCAUCUUGUUUCAAAAUUCCCUGUUUCUGAUCACGAUUCUUCGCUUGCUGAAUAUUUAAGCAGAAGCCAAGAAAUCGAUAAAACUACUGUUGCCGAAGUCUAUUUUGGUUCUUUUUACCCUAAAAUUGUUGAACUCAGAAACAAAAUGUGUUCAAGUCCACUUUUUGACCAUACCGAAGAUGUUGAAUUAAGUCGUGAACCUUUACGUCAAAAAAUUAUAGAGCAGCUUGGCUUUCUUUAUACUUCAAACCAGCUAACUUAUGACAUUGAUAUGAAAGAUCCUGCGAAGAAAUCCGAAUUUCUUUAUUGCCUUGGCGAGUAUUGUCAGAUGACCUCCACAAGAUUUGUAGUCCAUAUUACCCUUUACCUUGAUACUAUCCAAAACUUAGGAACUCAAAAGCAUAGGAACAGCAUUGAUAGAGCCUACUGUUUAAAAGAUUAUGGCUCAUUUGCAAUGACUGAGCUUGGGCAUGGUUCUAAUGUAGCUGGAUUAGAAACAACAGCAACUUAUGAUCACAAAACGAGAGAGUUUAUAAUAAAUUCUCCAAGGCCUACGUCCGCGAAAUGGCUAAUUGGAGCAGUCGGUAAAACGGCCAACAUGACCUCAUUGUUUGCGAAACUAAUUGUUGAUGGAGUUGAUAAAGGAGUGCAUGCUUUUGUGAUUCCUAUUAGGGAUUACGAAACACAUCAGCCACUUCCUGGUGUAAUUCUUGGGGAUUGCGGAAAGAAAAUAUACUUAGAUGGGGUUGACAAUGGAUUUUUGAUUUUUAAUGACUAUAGGGUUCCUUAUGACUGUUUGCUAGACAGAUUAAGCCAAAUUACAACUGAUGGAAAAUUCAAAAGCUCUAUUAAAAACAAAGAAAAAAGAUUAGGAAUUAUGUUAGGAGGACUAAUAAGAGGUAGAAUUGCUGUUGUUAAUGGCAGUGAAGUGUGUAUGAGGCAUUCCCUGACUAUUGCAUUAAGGUUUGCAGCAAUUAAAAAACAGUUUUCCAAGCAAAAUGGCCCAGAGAUCCCUAUUUUAGAUUAUCAAACUCAGCAAUAUCGCUUAAUUCCUCAUUUAGCGAAGAUGUUUGGUAUAAAAUCAUGUGGGAUAUUUUUAAUGGAAGAAUUUAAAAAUGUUAGAAGUAAAACUUUUGACGAUCCUGAAUGCAAUGAGCUAGCAGAAUACCACUCAAUACUUUCUGCAAUGAAAAAUAUUUCCAGUAGCUUUGCCGUGGCUGCAACACAAGAAUGCAGAGAAGCAACUGGCGGGAUGGGCUUUCAGGCAUAUUCAAGACUAAACUCUCAUAGAAACAUGAGUGAUGUUCAUACCACCUGGGAAGGUGAUAAUACUGUUCUUAUCCAACAAGCUGGAAAAUUUAUUUUCAAGCAGGUACAGCGAGCAUUCAAAGGUAUUAAAAUUACUGCUCCAAGUUUAUCAUAUCUAACCUUAGAUUUAGAUCAAGUCAAAUCGUUUAAAGUAGACUUCAGCACUGAAGAAGAACUUUAUAAUGAGAAACUAUUAAUUGAACUUAUGGAAUAUCGUGUAAACUGACUCUUACACCAAUCUAUAGCAAAACUGCAAGAAAACGGUCCAAAAUUCGAUGAUAUGUUUGACGCCUGAAAUAACACACAAGUGCAUUAUUUACAAGAUUUAGGAAAAUCAUAUGGCGAAUGCAUCAUAGCCAAGCAGCUAUUAAAACUAGUAAAUGGAGUUUUAGAAAAAAAUCAAAUGACAGGAGCCGUGAUAAAGAAGCUCUUUUAUUUAUUUGUUUUAGAAAGGGUCGAAAAAAAUAGUGGGCUUUAUUUGGAAAAUGCAUUUAAUGGUAGCCAAAUCAGACUAGUAAAAGAUGCUGAAGUAAAUCUGUGCAGAGAAUUAGCCAAAGACAGCCUCCAUAUAAUAGAUGCAAUCGCAGCACCAGACAAAAUACUUGGAUCGGCUAUAGGAAAUGCUGAUGGGCAGAUGUAUAGCAAUAUAAUAAAAGCAGUUGAAGCUUCUAAAAGAGUCUAUGACCCGCCAACAUGGUUACCUAUCUUAAAGCAAGUAAGAAACGCAAUAGAGUUAAAAUAA